AGCAGAGAAACCUUAGCAGGAAUUCUAUCUCGCAGUGAUAUUAUUUCAGAAUGUGAUAAUGGAUUAACAGCUAUACUUCAACAAAGCUUAUAUGAAAAAAAACCCAUAUACUUUAUGCCCAAUGAUGUGGAAAAUACUUUUGA